AUGCAAGACUUAAUAUCCUCAUUUGAAGUACGCAAGGUAAAAUUUACAGAUUAUAAGGAAGUUUUUAAUUUAAUGAAAGGUGUAACACGUUGUACAUCAUAUCUUACAGAAGAAGAAGUCAAAGAAAAAUUAAAAGUAUCCUCAUUUCAUCCAUACUGUAUAUUAGAUACUGAAAAUGAUAAAAUAAUAGCUUAUGCUAGUUUAUACAUAUUACCUCAUCUAGGUCGACCUGAUGAUGCAAGAUUGGAACAUUUAAUAGUAAGUACUGAAUAUAGAAAUAGAGGAAUUGGAACUUUUUUAUGUAAGCAUAUUAUAGAUGAAGCAAAAAAUAAAUUUAAGUGCAGUCGUUUAGAUCUUACUGUUGAAUGUGAAAUUGCUAGAGCUAUAUAUACAAAUUUAGGAUUUGAAUUUGUGGAUACAAAGGUAAUGAGACAAUAUUUUAUACCACCAACAAAAGAAUUAAUAUAA